AUGCCACUGGAGCUUCCGAGACAAAAAAAAAAAGUUCAUGCGAUAGUGAAAGAAGCAGAUCUUUCUCCAUUUCCUUCGUCAGAGAAUUUACCUCCGGUAGCCAUUUUCCCCGAAGAAUGUUCUCUCCGUUUUACUGUAAAAGGGAUCGUUUUACUCUCCAUGUGCGUGAGGUGCGGCUCAGCGCGGAAAGUGUUCGACAAAAUGUCUCAGAGAAACGUAGUACCAGUAUGCUCGAGUUUCACCAGCUUAGUGCGUCCAGACAUCGGUUUUGGGGACUGGAACACAAUGAUAGCUGGGAGUUUGAGAAAUGAUAAGGUAGAAGAAGGGCUUAUGCUCUAUAGAAGCAUGUUGAUGUCUGGUGUUGAUCCAACGCAGUUCACGUAUUCGAUGGUGCUGAAUGCUUGUAGUAAGCUGGGAAGUUACUCACUGGGGAAGCUAAUCCAUAGUCUCUCGGAUAGUUCAGCUGAUUUGCGUGUAGAAAAUGCUCUUCUUGACAUGUAUUGCAGUUGUGGCCUUGUGGGGAUAUCGGAACCAGAAAUAUUCGUAAAUUGGGAUAUGGAAGGAGUGUUUUUUUGCUCCAAGAACGGGGAAGCUGAAUCUGCUCAGAAGAGUGGGAUACAGCGAGUCUGCGGUCCAACUCUUCGUUUCAUGUCGGUAUGCGGAGCCCUAGUAGACAUAUGUUCUGCAAAAAUGGCAGAUAUGACUCACUGCGUAAAUCAACAGAGGAAGUUUGAUAUCAAAAGCUGGGUUACUAGACGAAGCUCUGGAACUUAUAGAAGAAUGUCUUCCGGGGAACAAUCAAGCAGAGCUCUGGAGCGUUUUGAGGCUUUACGGGAACCACCGCCCAUGGUGAUUUGCACAAGUGACGAGGCUGAGAGAAGACCUGGUGUUGGUGGUAGAGUCACAGCGAGGACAAGAGAGUUGCUCCUGCUGCUCGGUUUCAUGGCUAUUCCACCAAAUGAAGCAACGUUAUCCGGAAUGGACAUUUCAAGAAGCACUGGCAGAGAUCUAUGUGAAGACAUGAUUCUGACUAGGGAGUAUGGUCCGAACUGCUGCAGGCAGUGCUUCAACAGCUAUGCCAAACGGAGAUUGGAUUCAUCAAGGUGAUAAUUCAACUACGUAUUAUUAUGCUGAUUUGCAUUUCCAUGGCUUGUAUUUAUUUCAUGCUUUUGCAUCCUUGUUCAUUCUUGUUUUGUUUUCUCGUCUUUGCAACGGUUCAUGAUUGUUGCUAAUACACACAUGAUGGUCUCUUACGAACAAUACUUUAGUUUUUUGCCAUCUUAAUAAAAACAACAAAUACUUAACCGGGAA